AUGAGUAAACGAUUUGGCAUCAUCAGUCCAUACAAGAGCCAACUGCGUCACAUGCGUGCUUGUUUUUCUAGAGCAUUCGGGCCCUCUGCUUUAGCCAAUAUGGAAUUUAGUACUGUCGAUGGUUUUCAAGGCCGCGAAGUUGAUAUUCUAAUACUUUCUACUGUCCGAGCUGCGGAAUCCAACAGAAGCAGCAGUAUUGGAUUUGUUGCAGACGCAAGAAGAAUGAACGUUGCUCUCACAAGGGCCAAGCUCUCGCUCUGGAUUUUCGGUAAUUCCAGAACACUGCAAAUAAACCGUAGCUGGGCUGCUUUGGUAAGAGAUGCCGAGCAAAGAAACUUGGUUAUUUUGAUUAAAAUACCAUGUGGCCUUUCCAGGAUGACAGAUGAUGAUUAUGAAAAUUUAAUCAAAAACGGGACGAAUAAUGAUACGGUUUUACAAUCAUCUCUUGAAUCAUCCAAAUCUGAAUCCUCAGUAGAACAUGUACCUGCCAAAAGGCCUCUUGCUUGGACUUCAAGUAAUCGUAUCAGUUCAUGUCCAUCCAAGAGAAGAAUUGAGUAUAUCAUGGAAGAGUAAAUCAUUAUGAAUACAAGAACUAUGCAUUGAAGCUUGAUCAUGUGGGUUUUUGCUGUCAG